CAUGCAGGAGAACUACGAGAUGGUGACCUCGCUGGGAUUUCCCAUUCCCAAACCUGAGCUGAUCGCCCGGCUGGAACGAGGGGAGGAGCCAUGGGUGCCCGAUCUCCAGGCCUGCAAAGAAAGAAGGCUUCCGAGAUGCACCCGCACAGGUGCUGAGCGAGGGAGUGAGAAUGAGGAGGGGAAUCAUCAUCAGGAAGUUCCUGGAGAAGUUCAACCACAGGGGACCUUUGUGGGAGGAGCUGAAGGGAAAUGUUUCAGUUCAAAGUCAACACGAAAGUCACUUAAGAAAAGCCAUACAGGAAAAAGACCCCACAAGUGCUUGGACUGUGGGAAAAGUUUCACAGAGAGGUCAGACCUUGUUAACCAUCAGGCAAUCCACAAAGGAGAGAGACCCCACAAGUGCUUGGACUGCGGGAAACGUUUCACAGAGAGGUCAAACCUUGUUAACCAUCAGGCCAUCCACACAGAAGAGCGAUCCCAUAAGUGCUUACACUGUGGGAAAAGUUUCACAUGUAGGUCGGCGCUUGUUAAUCAUCA